AUGCUAAAGUGGACAGCAUCGGCACAGCGCCUAAACGAGAUGCAGCUGGACCAGGAUGCGGCGGAGGGUCGCCAAAGGAGGAGACAGCAGCGACGUCAUCGACGUGCCACCAUUGCCAACAAGGAGAACGUGCCCGAUUAUGGCUACACUUCCACGCCAUUGGUGGUGAUGUCACCACUGCCAGGAGUGUCACGCCUGCGCAACAGUCCUUUGGUCCUGGCGCCACUCAGCGAUAUCCGUAAUGUCACACCAGAGGCAGUGGCUCCAACGGUGACGCAACGUGUCCAGAGUGUACGUUAUGCCACCACCUUGCCACGCUUCGCCGAGGACUAUUCACCCAAUGGAGUGCUCAUGCCGGGUCAACAUUUGGCUCUCAGAGGACUUGCACCCUUGGAUCCCUUCCUGGGACAGCCGCAGCGAUAUAUGGCAGCGACGGGUUUGAGGGAGACCAAGCGGAAACUGGAUGCGGAUUUGGUGGCCACCAUGGAGGAGCAACCAAAAGCAACUUCAGCUCCCGUUCCCACUCCAUCACCAGUUCCUGCUCCACCUACAGUACGUCCCACUACACCACAGCCAGCAUCCACGCAGAUGGGUGACCAGACGCUGGACCGCUUGAUAGAUGCCAUUCUGGACUCUGCCUGCAAGGCGGAUGCCAGUGCCAAGAAGAAGCCACGUCGCUGCCGUUCCACCUUCAAUCUGCGACGUCGCACUCUGGUCAAGCAGCAGCUGGAUGCGGAUUGUGGUGGUCGUCCGGAGGUUCUGUCGCCCUCCUAUGCACCCGGAGAUGAUCCUGCCAGUGAUCUGAGCUUUGGCAUGAUGCCAAUGAUGCCACUGACUAUGACAACACCCGAACCGGCAUCGCCUCUGGUGAGGAUACCACACCAGGUGCUCGUCCAACUGCCCACGCCAAAGGUCACAGUGGCACAGGAAAAACUGGGCGUUGGAGACAACACUUUCUGUCUGGAGACGCCAGUGAGGAGUCUGAAGAGGAGCCGGGUGGCUGCCAAGGAGGAGGUUGCCAAGGAGUCGCCACUCAAGAGAUACAAGGUCGAUGAGCGCAACUACUUUGAGGUGGGACUUGCACUGCCAUCGUCCAUAUACGUAUGA